ACUUAACAAUCCCUACCCCUUCGUCCCCGCGAAGAAAGAAAUCUAUCCCCCGACCCAACACCGCCCUCCAAUAUACUAACUUAGCUCCUUAAAAUCGCCGCUAAUGUGGCACUAUUUCUCCCAUGAAGAACUUUCUUUGAGCCUCUUCUUACUUGGAAAAUAUCACGAGCCACGUCUGUAGUACAGUCGUUUUCUGUUUUUUUCCGCAAUGACGGGGACGAGUUUCUAGAAAGUCAAGUAUCAGUACAACUUUUGUUUCUGUGUUAUGUCAACUUUUACAAAUUUUCAACCCAAAGUCAAAAUCUAAAGACAAAAAUAUAAUUAUAUCAAAAAAUGCACGCGGACCUUGCAAGCACAAAGACGUUUCGCGCGUCGUUAUCUUCAUCAACAAACACCAACGCCUUCGUCUCCCCGCGACCGACUGUAGCUGCAAUGACGCCAGCAAUUGUGCCUGCCAGUGUCAGCAUGACAAAUCUCGGGCAAGAAACGAGCGACAUCAUGCUUUUAACCAACAAUCAGAAGCGAAGCCAGACAUGGCACCAGCAUCCGGUUUGGUCCAGACUGAUGUUUCUCCUCUUCUACGCGACGUUAUUCUAUUCAUCCGGUGGUCCGUUCUUCUUUCUGUCGCUGUUGCAGCAGACCAACGUGAUUUCUUCUUUCGUGAAGACGCAGUGUGUGAAAACGACGACAAGUUCACCAGUGGAAGAGAUCGUAGAAAUCUGCGAGAAGCCGGAAUUCCCGAUAUGCAAAUUUUGCAAAAGUAUCGUACUGUAGUGCAAAUUGCAUUAUACAAGUUUUUUGCUCAGCAUGACAAAUGGAGCUUGUCAUGCUGCUGUACCUUAGGAACAGCGCAUUUGUCAUGCAUAUUUGCAAUCAGUAUGAUACUUUUGCAGAGGAUACCCGAACAGUUACGAGAAUUUCUUUUGGCGAGUCGGGUUUCCGUUAGUGUCUGACCCGUUCGCGGUGUUUUUUCCGACGUUUGAAGAGAAACAUUUUGAGAAACUAGAGCAGCUGGGAAGCAGUAGUACGACGCAGCUCCUUUUCGUGGAGCAACUGCAACAGACAGCGACAGCAACUCCGCCAGCGGAAGCUGCUACACCACGACAACCCUCGAACUACGAGAUCGACCAAAGUACGGACAGCUACCUCUUUCCCGAAGCCGCCGUUGUGAUCGCGGCGAAGGAAACGGCGGUAAGGGAGAAGGAAAUUGCGGAAGGGAAAGAUGUGAAAAAGCACACCCCGCCGAUCCAGUAUAAGAGCAAGGAGGAAUUGGAGAAAGAACAGCAGAAAAAUCAACCGAAAGUCAUCCACGCGGUAAGUGAUGAUGACGCGCUGUUUCCGAAGGGAGGGAGUAGUAGUAGUCACGGGGAUGAUCAUACUAGCGCAGCAGCAUCAGCACCCGGAGCAGGUGUUGAAACAUCUUCACAGUCAAACAGCAUAGUAGAUGAAGACAAAAACACGAAAACCUACUUCCACCUGAUGUCCCUAAUGGGGCAAAAUUACUUUGCGUUUUCCCUGCCCUACUACGUUGCGGCGUUUUUAUUGGAGAACUACAUCAUCUACUUCGUAAUGACGAAUAUGCAAUACAAAUUUCCCUUACAUGUACAAUAUGCAUCACAAAUAAUCUUCCAGAUUUCGCAUUUGAGUGUAAAACUUGUCAUGCUAAACUAGGAUCGAAGCCAAGUUUUGCCGUGCAGGGAUCGCAUUUGUACGUGUACGGGAAAUUUACUGUGGAUAACAAAGGAGCUCCGGCACCAACCCUCGUUACCCGGCUCCAUCGCGAACCUCGGGCAGGGGGUUCUCAUGUUUCUCUGCAGCCAGAUGCUGUUUCUAAACUACAAGGACCCGGUUUAUUCGUUUAUUUGGCGGCAUUUUCGGGUGACAGACAACUACGUCGCAAUGGACGAUGUGUCGAGCUACUACGCAAUAGAAACAACGGGAGUUUCAUCUUCAAGUGGCUUACCAGGCGUUACCAAAACUCUCGUCCCAAAUCCGAAUUUAGCGCAGACGAAUUUCCAAUACAACCGCUGGCAGCACGAGUACCCAGCGUUGUUUCAGAUCUUCAGCUUCUACCUCUGUUUACUGUUGCUCGAUUUCUUCUACUACGCCUGGCACCGCGCGUCUCACCGGAUUAGCUGGCUCUGGGCGGCGCACUGGGUGCACCACAGCACGGAAGAAUACAACAUUUCCGUCACCUUCCGCGAACCCGUCUGGUGGAGCGAAAUGCUAAUCCCGUUGCAAUUCGCCAUCAUGCGACUGCCAUUGGCGAUUUUAGGAUUUCCAGUCGUCUACAUGAACACAAUUUCGCUGAACGACACACUCUACAUGAACAUGCUCCACACGGAGUUGAUCGAUCCUCUCCCCACGGUGGAAUUGCUCUUGAUGACGCCAUCGCUGCACCGAGUGCACCACGCGCGGAACCUCCGGGCGUUAGCGAAGAACUUCGGCUCUUUAUUCAGCAUCUGGGACCGGCUGUGCGGAACGUACGAGCCGGAGAUCUUACCAGUGGUCAUCGACGGGAAGAAAAAAUCAGAAAACGAAGUUCUCACCGUGAAACACCCGACGCAGUUUGUCAGCGAGAAGGUCGUCGCGCCAAUAGUGUCCGCGGAGAGUGGCUGUGUGGUGAAGGAGGAGACGACCGAGGAAUCGGUGAUGCAGGACGUGGAAAAAAGCAACAAGGAAAGUCUUGCUACUUCCGGUUCCGCAUCACAAGUUGUCGAAGAUGAUCCGACAGCGGCGACUGGCGGCUUGAAAAAGCGGAUCGGGCAGUUUCUUUCCUGGACAGGUACAACUACGAAUAUUUCCGGCCCACAGCUGCAACAGCCACUCGUAGUGCAGGAACAGCAUGACAAAAAGGAAUCACUACCGAAAACACCAUCACAAAAACCACCGCCCGAGAACACUAAGACCAGAUCCUUCUUUGCGAAUAGAUUCACCGAAACCCUCUACCUCUUGACGAAAUUCUACCGAGUCAGGCGAGACACGAGGAAGUGCAAAGACGACAGAGAACCGCUGCGGUACGGCGUCAUCCCGCAAUUUCACUCCUACGACAUUCUCCAGCAGAACUGCACCCACUGGUUCUACAUGUUUCUGGAACAGCCACGGUUUAGAGGGCACGGAAUUUUAGCCCCUUUUCUCCACUGGACGAAGCCAGGCUCGAAAUGUCCGCCAUUAUCCGAACGGUCGAAAGUCAACGGCUACAAGAAGUACAAAGCGGACGCUUUACACAUCGGCUGGUCGUUGUACGUGAUUUUCGAGUUCUUGAUUUUCUUCGCCUCCGCGCUCGGUUUCGUCGCGACGAACUAUGUUUUGAGCAAAAACCUAGCGAAGACGUUUUACGGUGCCUUUAUCGCAAGAAAAAACUGUUUCACUGUAAACUUGUGAUGCAUAAAAAUGAAACACGGAAGUAUUUGUCUUGCUACACAUGCAAGAAUAAGAAAGUGGAUUUUUCGCUGUGUUUUCCCUUAGCCUUAGGAAGCUUGCAUGGCAAAUUUUCUUUGUCAUGUAGAACGAACUUGUCAUGCAAAACCUGCAAAGUCCUUACAGUGAAGCACUUUUUUCGUACGAUAGCCUGCGACACCCCUCUAAUGGACCCGAUUUCCUGCACCGCCGGCCCGCUAGCCGAGUACUUUAUCCUGUGCAAAAGCAUCGUACUCGUAGUAAUUGCGUUUAUGCAUUACAAAUUUCUUUCUCAAGGCAAAUCAGCAUUACAAAUUCACUUUGUAAUGCUGAGGAAAUUUGUAAUGCGAUUUCUACUAGUACGAUAUCCAUAUACUUUUGCAAUCCAUAUACUUCGGGCCGCAGCAAUUAACCAGUGCCGUGUUGCAGGUGUUAGCUUUUCUCCUGGGGUUUUGGACCAUGCACAACUUGGGAUGCAUUUUGAUGGGAACGGAGAACGCGCCGGUGUUAGUCGGCGUGGAGGAAGGGUUUGUGGUGAAAGAUAGCUUCGCGAACGCAAACAACUACUCCUUACUGGAAGAAACCGAAACUGUCUCUGCUUCAGCCAUGAGCUACAACAAUAGCAAACAACUGGUUUCGGCGAAACAAAUGGAGAAGAGCAUGUGCAUGCAGGCAGGUACUGAUGUUCGUCUGCAGCAACAUCAAUCCUCGCAAGGCGCAGCAGGCGGUGUAUCUUCAACAGCAGUUCUUCUCCCGACGUCUGCUUCCGCAACGUGGUCGGGCGUUUCUUCCGUGGUUGCAGAGGAACAGCACAACCAGACGAAUACGCAUUGCAAAACUAUCGCACCCGUGGUAAUUGCAAUCAUGCGUGACAAGUCUCCUCUUCCAGGUAAACCAGCAUGACAAAUUCCAUUUCUCAUGCUGCGCUAAUUUGUAAUGCAGUUACAACUACGUAGUUGUGCGAUACCUUUGCAAUUCAUAACGAACAAGCUGCAACAAGUUCCCUCUUCCGCUGACUCCACCACCGCGGCGAGCUACGCGUCGACCUAUUUUCCGAUGUUAAACGCCGGUGCUACGCCGAACAUCAUGACUUCUACUUCCGGUUUUGUUCAGCUUCAGCAGCAGCCAUCCGGAGGUGUGAGAAGAAAUCGGUCGAGUAAUCUCGCGCCAACCAUUGAGAACAACUCAAAUUUAUCAAGUGGCGCAGCGAGCGUAGCUUCGCGAGAAGGAGGAGAUAAUACCAGGUUUGAGCACCUACAACACGACACGCAGCACAACAAUCCGGCGCUGGAAACAUCGGAUUUGCUGUUACAGUCAACCGCGACCUACAAUUCCAUGAUGAACAUCACGGGCGGACCCGGAGCUGCUCCUGCGAUCUCGCGGCAGACAACUGUGAACGCCGAAGUAAACCAGCAGAACUUUAUUUACCACGACCCGAAGGUCGUGCAACUGGUUGAGAGCAAUAAAAAUGUGAGUUGUCAACAAGAUGAACUAGAUCGCCACAAGAUGAAUCACAAGUCCUCUUCGCAACAAGAAAACAAGAUCUACUCUUGGCAGGCUCACGUGCUGGAGACCAAUAGCCAGAACCUGAUUUUUGACCCGAUACCGGAAAACAACAACUUCUACAACGAUCUAACGAACCCGGUCCCGUUUCUCACCCCCGGGGAGAAGGUGUACGAGCGGAACUGUGUCUAUGGAUGUGUCAGGUUUGAAAUCGUCAAAGUUGAAAUAGUUUGUCAUGCAUAAAACGGAUACUAGUUAGACCUACAGUUUGUAGUCGGCGCAUGGCAAAUUUUCCCGGUCCUGGAAGCGAGUCUGUCAUGCGGUUUAGGGCAAAAGAGCUGCCUUCUGACAUGCUAGUUAGCAGUCCAACUUUUGACCCUUACCAGGACUAUAAUCUGCCUCCCUUGGGUCCUCUGCAAUAGAGUCACUUUUUGCAUCGCAUUUUAUGCAUUACAAAUUAUUUCAACUCUGACGAUUUCAAACCUGACGCUUCCAUAGUGUCUACAAGGAGAUGUUGCGGCACUGGUUUAUCAUCUUUAUGCAUUUUUGCAAAAGCAUCGUACUAGUAGAAAUAGCAAGACAAAUAAUGCCAAGAAGAAAACUUAAAGUAGAAUUUGUAAUGCUGAUUUGCCUAAGAUUGGAGAUUUGUCAUGCGUCACUGCAAUUCCUACGAGUGCGAUACUUUUGCAAUUCAUAAUCUUCACGGCGUUGCAAUUCGGGGAUGCGAUGUACAACGACGCCAGUCUAUGCAAUGUAAAUCUCCCGUACAUGUACAAAAUGCAUGACAAAUUUCGCUAACUUACAGUGUCCAACUUGUCAUGCUAGACUAGGACUCAAGGCAAGUUUUGUCAUGCAGAGACUGCAUUUGUACGUGUACGGGAAAUUUACUGUGGAUACAGUCCGGAAUCCGCGGCGACGGUGAGUCGGAUGUGCACCUACGUGACUUUAUUGUACACGGUCGUCCACUGCGUUCUGUUGCCGGGAUUGGUGUUUUUUAGUGACACGAAGAUCGCGAGGGAAAGCGCCGCACGGAGGAGGUACAGGGGGUGAGGAAGAUAAGUGCAGGAUAAAAGCAUCAUAGGAAAAGAACUGAACACUUUUACAGAAUGUGAGAACUAAGCGCAGCUGCCACUUGCCCUGUAGUGGUACUUAAGAAUUGAAGCAAGAAGAUGAAGAAGCAUAAAGUGUAAGUGUGUUUUUGUCGUAUGAAAACGUCGAUCAACGGGCCGGUGGAUAAAAUCCGCCUCAACAUAAUUCAUGACUGUGUAGGAGCUGUGUGCUGUCACAAGGACCACCAUGUGGCCUCAUUUAUAUAUGUGUAACGAUACACUUUUGAUUUUCUAGCAACAUGCAGGCCGAGCUACUUAUUUGAAACAAAAGCAUCACACCACCCUGGUACAUCAACAUUUUCCUGAAGUUUUGACAAUACGACUUGCCGAUCAGUUUUUUACUACGACACGCAAAAGUCCGCUCCUGUACGCUUUGUCAUUAAGAAACAACUGAAUAUGAAUUUAAAAUGCCUGUAAAUACAAACCUAGAGACAAAACUAAACGAGCGGAACUGUGUCUACAAGGAGAUGUUGCGGCACUGGUUUAUCAUCUUUAUGCACUGCAAAGGUAUCGCUAUCGUACUAGUAGAAAUAGCAUCACAAAUUCGGUCAGCAUGGCAAAUGGCAUUUGUCAUGCUGUUUUACCUUGGCAUUGCGAUUUGUAAUGCAUGACUUUGAUUACUACCAGUACGAUGCUUUUACACUGGAUAAUCUUCACCGCGUUGCAAUUCGGCGACGCCAUGUACAACGACGCGAGCCCGGAAUCCGCGGCGACGGUCAGCCGGAUGUGCACUAUCGCAAGAAAAAAGUGUUACAGUUACGCACUGUGUUCUUGCAGGAGCCGCAAGGCAGCCAACCUUUGUCAUGCAGGAAAUGCUUGCGAGCCUCGUUUACUACGUGUUUUCCCUUAUGAUCUUUGCAUUACUCUGCCACAUAGAGAAAAUUUGUGAUACAGAAACUCCAACAAUGAGUGUAACUGUAACAGCACUUUUUUCGUGCGAUAUGCACCUACGUGACUCUAUUGUACACGGUCGUCCACUGCAUUUUGUUGCCAGGUUUGGUGUUUUUCAGUGACACGAAGAUCGCGAGGGAAAGCGCUGCGCGGAGGAGGUACAGGGGGUGAAGAAGGUUUCGAGUACUUGUACUUCACAUUUUAGCAGGACAUGAGAACUAUUCAAAAGCGAAUGAAUUGCUGCUUUCGAUUCCUUGUAGUAGUCGUAAUUCAAGGAAGACAAAAGUGUGUUUUUGUCGUGUGAAAAGAGACAUGCGCCAUCAACCGGCGCUGGAUAAAGAUAAAAUCCCCCUCAACAUAAUUCAUGACUGUGUAGGAGCUGUGUGCUUUCACAAGGACCACCAUGUGGCCUCAUUUGAUAUGAAUGUGUAACGAUACACUUUUGAUGUUUUAGCACCAACAUGUAGGCCGAGCUACUUAUUUGAAAAGCAUCACACCAGCCUGGUAAAUUUUCCUGAAAUUUUGACAAUACGAAUUGCCGAUCAAUUUUUUACUACGACACGCAAAAGUCCGCUCCUGUACGCUUACUUUGUCAUUAUUUUCAGUGGAAGAAAAAAUUGACUAUGAAUUAGAAUACCUGUAAGUACAAACCUAGAGACAAAACUAAAAAAAAAAACUAGAAGCUAGCUGAUCACCGGGAAGACGAAGAACUCAUUUUCACACGGCAAAAAGAUUCACACAUAGGGGAAAUUGAAAUUGAAAAUUUUAAUUUAUCGUAUUUUUCAUGAUAGAUAUGGAGUCUGCUUAUGGGCAACGACCUAUUUCCAUUGUUGCCCUGCAAAUAUCCAUGCGUGAGAAGACAUCAGGAUGAAGGGAGCAUUGCGAGAAUCCAAAUGAAGCAACUUUGUGAAUUGGAAUUCUAUGGCACCAAGAAAAAAUAUAUUUCUGCAACCCCGGUGCAUGCAUCGAAAU